CUCCUCUCUCCCCUUCCCUCGGCUCCUCGGCUCCCUCGGCCGCUGCCAUCUCCAACCCCCCCACCCCACUCCCCCGCCACGGCCCCUUGCCCCUGGCCGUUUGGCAAGACCCCCCCCUAUCCCGGGGCUCCCCAGAAUCCAGUUCCCCUCCCCCACCCCAGCUCAUGCCCCAGCCCCCGAACUUCGGGGCUGUCAGCCCCCGGUGCCCCCGCCCCUCCUGAGAAUCGGGGUGUGCUCCCCAAGCCCCCUCCCCUUCACUGGGGAGCCCCUUUUAGGGCCCCCUUUCCCUCCCUCCCACGCUCCCCUCCCCGUCCUUUCUCCAACCCCCUCCUUCCCCUCUCACCCCUCCCCCCAUCCUGGCCCCCCCUGCAAAAGUGGGGUGCGGAGGGGGGAGGGGUGAGAACCCACCGAGGGGAGGAACGAAACUCCAAUGAAGUCAGAGCCCCUUACCCGCCGCCGCGGCCAGGCCCCCCAACAUGGACUGUCUCUGUAUAGUGACAACCAAGAAAUACCGCUACCAAGAUGAAGACACGCCCCCUCUGGAGCACAGCCCGGCCCACCUCCCCAACCAGGCCAAUUCUCCUCCUGUGAUUGUCAACACAGACACCCUAGAAGCCCCAGGAUAUGUGAAUGGGACUGAGGGGGAGAUGGAAUACGAGGAAAUUACAUUGGAAAGGGGUAACUCAGGUCUGGGCUUCAGCAUCGCAGGUGGCACUGACAACCCGCACAUUGGUGACGACCCGUCCAUUUUCAUCACCAAGAUCAUUCCUGGUGGGGCUGCAGCUCAGGAUGGCCGUCUCAGGGUCAACGACAGCAUCCUUUUUGUAAAUGAGGUGGAUGUGCGGGAGGUGACCCAUUCAGCUGCGGUGGAAGCCCUCAAAGAGGCAGGCUCCAUCGUGCGCCUCUAUGUCAUGCGCCGGAAGCCCCCAGCUGAGAAGGUCAUGGAGAUCAAGCUCAUCAAGGGGCCUAAAGGUCUUGGCUUCAGCAUCGCAGGGGGUGUAGGAAACCAGCAUAUCCCUGGAGAUAACAGCAUCUAUGUAACGAAGAUCAUCGAAGGGGGUGCCGCCCAUAAGGAUGGGAGGUUGCAGAUUGGAGACAAGAUCCUGGCGGUCAACAGUGUGGGGCUGGAGGACGUCAUGCAUGAGGAUGCUGUGGCAGCCCUGAAGAACACGUAUGAUGUUGUCUACCUAAAGGUGGCCAAGCCCAGCAAUGCCUACCUGAGUGACAGCUAUGCUCCCCCUGACAUCACAACCUCAUAUUCCCAGCACCUGGACAACGAGAUCAGUCACAGCAGCUACCUAGGCACCGAUUACCCCACAGCCAUGACCCCCACAUCCCCUCGGCGGUACUCCCCAGUGGCUAAGGACCUGCUGGGGGAGGAAGACAUUCCCCGAGAACCGAGGCGAAUUGUGAUCCACCGAGGCUCCACGGGCCUGGGCUUCAACAUUGUGGGUGGCGAGGAUGGUGAAGGCAUCUUCAUCUCCUUCAUUCUGGCUGGGGGCCCGGCGGACCUCAGUGGGGAGCUGCGGAAAGGAGACCAGAUCUUGUCGGUCAAUGGUGUUGACCUCCGCAAUGCCAGCCAUGAGCAGGCUGCCAUUGCCCUAAAGAAUGCGGGUCAAACGGUCACGAUCAUCGCUCAGUAUAAACCAGAAGAGUACAGCCGAUUCGAGGCGAAGAUCCAUGACCUUCGGGAGCAGCUCAUGAACAGCAGCCUGGGCUCAGGGACUGCCUCCCUACGGAGCAACCCCAAAAGGGGUUUCUACAUCAGGGCCCUGUUUGAUUAUGACAAGACCAAGGACUGCGGCUUUCUGAGCCAGGCCCUGAGCUUCCGCUUUGGGGAUGUGCUGCAUGUCAUCGACGCUAGUGACGAGGAGUGGUGGCAGGCACGGCGGGUCCACUCUGACAGCGAGACCGAUGACAUUGGUUUCAUUCCCAGCAAAAGGCGGGUUGAGCGGCGGGAGUGGUCAAGGUUAAAGGCCAAGGAUUGGGGCUCCAGCUCUGGAUCACAGGGUCGAGAAGACUCAGUUCUGAGCUAUGAGACGGUGACACAGAUGGAAGUGCACUAUGCUCGCCCCAUCAUUAUUCUUGGGCCCACCAAGGACCGCGCCAAUGACGAUCUUCUCUCUGAGUUCCCUGACAAGUUUGGAUCCUGUGUUCCCCAUACGACACGGCCCAAGCGGGAAUAUGAGAUAGAUGGUCGGGAUUACCACUUUGUGUCCUCCCGGGAGAAAAUGGAGAAGGACAUUCAGGCGCACAAGUUCAUCGAGGCUGGCCAGUACAACAGCCAUCUCUACGGGACUAGUGUCCAGUCCGUGCGAGAGGUGGCGGAGCAGGGGAAGCACUGCAUCCUCGAUGUCUCAGCCAAUGCUGUGCGGCGGCUGCAGGCGGCCCACCUGCACCCUAUCGCCAUCUUCAUCCGCCCCCGAUCCCUGGAGAAUGUGCUAGAGAUUAAUAAGCGGAUCACAGAGGAGCAAGCCCGCAAAGCCUUCGACAGAGCCACUAAGCUGGAGCAGGAGUUCACGGAGUGCUUCUCAGCCAUCGUGGAGGGCGACAGCUUUGAAGAGAUCUACCACAAGGUGAAGCGCGUCAUCGAGGACCUCUCAGGCCCCUACAUCUGGGUCCCAGCUCGAGAGAGACUCUGACUCCCACCCUGGCGUGGCCUGAACUCGCCCUGCCUCUGUCGCCCGGGCCCUGGGUCUGGACUGAAUUGCCCAAGUCCUUCGCGCCCCAGCCUCCCUCCCACCCCUUCUUAUUUAUUUCCUUUCUAACUGGAUCUAGCCCAUUGGAGGGGGGACACUCCUCUGCAUGUAUCCCCGUACCCCAGAACUGGGCUCCUGAGCCCCAGGAACCUGGGGUCUGGGGAGGGCGGAGCCAGGCUCUUGGUUCUGAGCCCUCGCUCCUAAGGACCCUGCCCCUGCUGCCCCCAAUGCACACACAGACCCACUGGGGGCUGCCUCACCUCCCUCAUCUUUUCCCACACACAUUCCAGAAGUCAGGGCCCCUCUCAAGGAGCACCCGCUGCAGGGAUGCAGGGCCACAGCCCUCUGUGCUCUCCUGAGGCAGGGUCUGGGGUCACCCCUGCCCCCAUCAUAACUCCCUACAUCCCUUGAUUUCUCUUUUUUUUUUUUUUUCUCCAUUUUUUUUCUUCUUAAAGGUGGUUUUUGGGGGGAGAAGUAGGGGGACUCCAUGGUGGGUCCCUUGCCUUCCAAAAGCCCCCCACCUUUUUUCUUUGCUGGUUUGCAUGAGUGGAAGGUCUAACUGUGGCUUUUAUUUUUUCCUGGGAAUUUUUUUUUUGGGGGGGGAAAGGGGAGGGAUGGGACUAGGGAGUGGGGAACAUGGGAGGGAGGGUGGGAGGGCAAGGGUCAGGGGUUGGGUGUCUGGGAGCCAGGGGAAGACUGGAAAUGCUGCCGCCUUCUGCAAUUUAUUUAUUUAUUUUUCUUUUGAGAGAGUGAAAGGAAGAGACAGAUACUUGAAA